UAAUAGACUAUCAUUGUUCAUUCACACUGACACAUUGUUUUUUGAGGGGAUUUAAAUGUUUUAUUAAAAAAAGAAUUGAUUUGAACGGCAGUUUUUUUUCGUAAAGCAGAAUUCGGGUUGGACACCAAGAAUAUGGCGGGGAGUAAUAGCAGGAGUGGCGGCAAAUCAAUCGACGUGCAGAUCGGUUUGUCAACGGCGUCACGACAGAAACCAGGUUAAGCAUGGAAAAGCCUGCAUCCGUCGUCUCUCGUCAUAUUCCUUGGAUUUUCUCUCUUUCUCUCUCGGAAUCACCUCUAGGGUUUAAGAUUCUCGCUUUUUUCUCAUUCAUAUUUCGGAAAUUCGCCCCUGCUUUCUUCCUAUUCAUCGUAUUCGAUUUCGAUCGCCUUUCGUAGAGAAAAAGAAAGCGUUUGUGGAGAAUUUUCGGAGUUGAAUGGAGAAAUAUAAUUUUGUUGGAUUCAAUUCAACAUUCGUUGUGCUCCGGGAUCCGUUCAUUGUUGCGCAGAAUUAACAUCAGGUUGUUUUUGAAUUUUGAUCGCGUGUACUGAAAGCGAAAAUCGCGUCAGAAUCCUUUUCAGAUCUGCAAAAUAUCAGGUUACUUUCUACAGAAUCCAUUCGAGGGAAUCAUUUUCGUGAAAGAGGGUUGCUAUUUGUGUAAUUUUUGAUACACGAUCUAGGUUUGGUGCUGGAUUCAUCUGGUUAUAUGAUCGAUCAAGGGGCACGAAAGAAGAGCAUUAACAAUAUUGUUUAUCUUAUUUAUGGUCCCCUCGAUAUCUCAGUUAUAGUGGGACCUUGGGUUAGAGAAUUAAGAUUAUUAACUUUUGGACAGACAAAUCGUUAACUCCUCCGUGUGAUCGUUUUGGGUAUUUAAGAGUUGAUUAGCUCUCUCUACGCACUUAAAUUCGAAUUAACAUUUCGUACCAAUAACGGUAGACAAAUUAAUUCCUCUCUUCAAGUCCAUCAAAUCGCUGUCUGUGGAUUAAUUAUAGGGUUUAUGGAUUCAGCGGAAACGUCUACAAGCAGUAAUUAUAGUAUGAGACCUGAUAACAUGCGUGGUGGUGCAUUUCGUAAUGGCAACAUUGAUCAGCUCGACGAUGAUUCACCAUAUGGUCAAAGCUCUCCUUCAUUAAUGGAUCCAUCUGUUUCUCCUCAAAAUUCGAUUCUACCUUCACGAGGCUGGGAUGACAUCUCUGUGUACAAUGCAAAGAAGAAGCAGCAUGCUUGGUUUCAAGCCCCUGAUGGGAACUGGGAACUUGCGAGGAUUAUAUCAGUUACAGGGGAUGAAUCACUCAUAUCUUUUGCUGAAGGAAAAGUAUGUAAGGUGCCAUCUGAUGUUCUAUUACCUGCAAAUCCAGAAAUCCUUGAUGGGGUAGCUGAUCUCAUGCAACUAAGUUAUUUGAGCGAACCAUCCGUCUUGUAUAAUCUUCAAUAUAGAUAUGACAGAGACAUGAUCUAUUCAAAAGCGGGACCCGUUUUAGUUGCCAUCAAUCCCUUCAAGAAUAUUCCUUUGUAUGGAAGAGAUUAUAUUGAUGGCUAUAAGAGGAAAAAAAUCGGUCACCCUCAUGUAUAUGCCAUUGCUGAUACAGCAAUCCGGGAAAUGAUCAGAGAUGAAGUAAACCAAGCUAUUGUCAUAAGUGGAGAAAGUGGAGCAGGGAAAACUGAAACUGCAAAAAUAGCAAUGCAGUAUCUAGCAACAGUUAGAGGGGGUAGUGGAAUAGAAUAUGAGAUAUUGAAAACUAAUCCAAUUUUGGAGGGUUUUGGUAAUGCAAAAACAUCAAGAAAUGACAACUCAAGUCGUUUUGGGAAACUAAUCGACAUCCACUUCAGUGAAAACGGAAAAAUAUCGGGUGCAAGUAUCCAAACAUUUCUUCUUGAAAAGUCAAGAGUUGUUCAAUGCGGGGAAGGCGAAAGGUCAUAUCAUUCAUUUUAUCAGCUUUGUGCAGGAGCUCCACCUUCUCUUAGAGAGAAAAUAAACUUGAAGAAUGCUCAUGAGUACAAAUAUUUGCAGCAAAGCAAUUGCUACACGAUUCCUGGUGUUAAUGAUGCUGAACAAUUUCGUAUUGCAAUGGAUGCUUUGGAUGUUGUUCAUGUCAGCAAAGAGAACCAAGAAAACGUUUGUGAAAUGCUUGCAGCAGUUUUAUGGCUGGGAAAUGUAACAUUUUCACUUGUUGAUGAUGAAAACCAUGUGGAACCUGUGGUUGAUGAAGCUCUUCAAACUGUUGCUAAAUUGCUUGGGUGUCGGAUUGAGCAGCUACAGCUUGCUUUAUCCUCUAGAGAAAUGAAAGUUCGUGGUGAAAACUUUAUUAAAAAGCUAACCCUAGCUCAGGCAAUUGAUGCAAGGGAUGCUUUGGCAAAAUCGAUAUAUUCUUCUUUGUUUGAUUGGUUAGUGGAACAAAUCAACAAGUCACUUUCUACAGGGAAACACAUGACAGGAAGAUCAAUCAGUAUUCUUGACAUCUAUGGAUUCGAGUCAUUUGAUGUAAAUAGUAUCGAACAGUUCUGCAUUAAUUAUGCAAAUGAGAGAUUACAGCAACACUUCAAUCGUCAUUUAUUCAAGUUACAACAAGAGGAAUACAUCCAAGAUGGAAUCAACUGGGCAAAGGUGGAUUUUGAGGACAACCAAGCUUGUCUGAAUCUUUUUGAACAGAAACCAUUGGGAUUGCUAAGUCUGUUAGAUGAAGAAACCACGUUCCCAAAAGCAACAGACUUGUCACUUGCCAACAAAUUAAAGCAGCACUUGAGUUCUAAUCCAUGUUUUAGAGGAGAACGAGGCAAAGCAUUCACAGUUCAUCAUUAUGCUGGAGAAGUUAAAUAUGACACAACCGGGUUUCUUGAAAAAAACCGUGAUUUAUUGCGAAUUGAUUCCAUUCAACUUCUAUCUUCUUGCACAAGUGAACUUCCUCAGAUAUUUGCUUCGAAUAUGCUUUCUCUUCAAUCUGAAAGUCCUUCGAUUGGUUCAGUAAAGAAAGCAGGUGGAGUUGAUUCCCAGAAGCUUAGUGUCAUGUCAAAGUUUAAAGGCCAAUUGUUCCAGUUAAUACAAUGUUUAGGGAACACAAGAUCUCAUUUCAUACGUUGCAUUAAGCCUAACAACUUACAUUCUCCUGGAAUCUAUGAUCAGCAACUUGUUCUCCAACAGCUAAAAUGCUGUGGUGUUCUAGAAGUUGUUAGAAUAUCAAGAUCUGGAUUCCCAACAAGAAUGACGCAUCAAAAAUUCGCAAGAAGGUAUGGCUUUCUUCUACUCGAUAAUGUUGCAUCACAAGAUCCACUAAGUGUAUCAGUUGCCAUUUUAAAUCAAUUCGGCAUUCUUCCUGAAAUGUUUCAAGUUGGCUACACAAAACUCUUCUUUCGAACUGGACAGAUUGGAAAGCUUGAGGAUACAAGAAAUCGUACUUUGAAUGGCAUAUUACGAGUUCAAAGCUGUUUCAGAGGUCACAAAGCUCGUCAUUUGCUCAGGGAGAUGAAACGAGGAAUUCACACUCUUCAGUCAUUUAUUCGUGGUAGAGAAGAUAGAAAAAGGUACGCUAUCUUACUACACAGACAACGAGCAGCUGUGACUAUACAAAAAUGGAUCAAAGGAGGAAUAGUCAGAAAAGAAUUCAAAGAAUUUAGUGAUGCAGCAGCUGUGGUACAAGGAGUGAUCCGCGGAUGGCUAGUUCGGAGAUGCACAGCAGACAUUUCGCUGGUUCAGUUUGGAUCUGGAAAGAACGACGAUGAUGUGGUGGUGAGCAGAAUGUAUCUUGCAGAGCUACAACGACGAGUUCUUAAAGCGGAGGUCGGUGUACGAGAGAAAGACGAAGAACGGGAAAUCCUAUUGCAACGGAUCCAACAAUACGAGAACCGUUGGUCGGAUUACGAGCAAAAAAUGACAUCCAUGGAGGAAUUAUGGCAGAAACAAAUGAACUCAUUACAAUCAAGCCUCUCCCUUGCAAAGCAGAGCCUCAGCAACGACGACGACACUGCUCCGCCACCCGUGAGAAACAACGAGAUCCAAAACGGCGGCGGAGCGAGCGAGAUGACGGCGGGGCUGAGUUUGAUAAGUCGGUUAGCAGAAGAGUUUGAGCAGAGAAGCCAAGUGUUUGGGGACGAUGCGAGGUUUUUGGUGGAGGUGAAGUCGGGUCAAGCUGAGGCCGAUUUGGACCCGGAACAAGAACUGAGAAGAUUGAAACAGGUGUUUGAAGGGUGGAAGAAGGAUUAUGCGGCGAGGUUGAGGGAGACGAAAGUGAUUUUGAACAGGUUGAGCAGUGAAGAAGCUAGUGGUGGCGAUAAGGUUAAAAAGAAUUGGUGGGGAAGACUCAACAGCUCACGGGUUAAUUAA